GGCUUUUCAGGAUCCAGAAAGAUGGCGUCUCUGUCGGUGUGCCAGCCUCAGUGCGGCGGUUUCAGUUUCGAAUAUUGUAAGAGGAAUGCUCUGUUGGAGGCAGAGAUUACAAAACUAGGAUGUAGCCUCCCAGCAGCUCGAAAAACCGGAACAACAAUCUGUGGAGUCGUCUUCAAGGAUGGUGUGGUUCUGGGAGCCGACACCCGAGCUACAGAAGGAAUGAUUGUGGCUGACAAGAACUGCUCAAAAAUCCACUAUAUUUCCCCCAACAUUUACUGCUGUGGGGCCGGCACAGCAGCGGACACGGAGAUGACCACGCAGAUCAUCUCCUCCAACCUGGAGCUGCACUCCCUGUCCACCGGCCGCCUGCCCCGUGUGGCCACCGCCAACCGCAUGCUUAAGCAGAUGCUGUUCAGGUAUCAGGGUUACAUCGGUGCCGCCCUCGUCCUGGGGGGAGUAGACUGCCUGGGGCCUCACCUGUACAGCAUCUAUCCUCACGGGUCCACGGACAAGCUGCCCUACGUCACCAUGGGCUCCGGAUCCCUGGCGGCCAUGGCGGUGUUUGAGGACCGUUACAAACCGGACAUGGAGGAGGAGGAUGCCAAGAUGCUGGUGAGAGAUGCCAUUGCCGCUGGCAUCUUCAACGACCUGGGCUCCGGCAGCAACAUCGACCUUUGCGUCAUCACCAAGGGCAAGGUGGACUACCUGCGCCCCCACGACGAGGCCAACAAGAAGGGCAUCAGAGCCGGAGACUACAGAUACAAGCACGGCACCACGGGCGUGCUGACGAAAACUGUCACCCCGCUCCAGCUGGACCUGGUGGAGGAGACGGUCCAGACUAUGGACACUUCCUAAGGAGCCAGCACACCUGUCACCUGAGUUUUUCAUUUGUAAGAUGCUCCCUACACCCCCCAAACCCCUCCCCCCAUCUAAGUGUGAAGACGUGUCAGACCCCUCCAUGGUUUACAAUAAAAGCUU